AUGGCGUUGGAGAUGGAGCUGGACAUGGGAGCUGGAGAUGAUGGGGGGUGGAGUGGAGAUGCAGAUGCCGCUGGGAGUUUGCCAGCCAAAGAAGCAACGCAGAGGCCCAAUCCGAUGGAGCGCCAAGGCCGCCAAGAGCGCCCAGCCCAUUCUCACGAGGGAGAACUGGGAUCGCGGAGUCAGCAAGGCCGCGCUAGUAGGGAUUGGCAGGGCGGUAACCCCUGCCCAAGGAAUCCCCACAUCCCUAUCUGGCGUCAAAACCUCAAGGUCCAAACGUCACUCGAGCUGCAGGGAAAUCCCAUUGUGGAUACCACCGUCGACGUUGUACGGAAGUCAGCCCCGGUCCGGUCCGGGUCGAGAGCCGAGGGCGGCGCCGCGGCCGUGGCCGGGGCCGAGGCCGAGGCCGAUCGACUGUCGAAAUACAGUACCGGUAGCUUCACCCCUCAUUCGGAGAGUUAUCAGCCACCACCAUCGCCAACUGCCCGACGAUCGUCGUGGGCCAUGUACAGAUCUCGCCUCACGGCCCUGUUCCAGGGCGCAGAUGCGUCGGUGGCCGUCGCAUUCUGGCUCUUCGGCCUCAUCAACAACGUCAGCUAUGUGAUCAUCCUGUCCGCCGCCCUCGACCUCGUCGGCCCGUCCGUUCCCAAGGGCGUCGUCCUCCUCGCCGAUGUCCUCCCCUCGUUCCUCACCAAGCUCAUCGCGCCCUACUUCAUCCACGCCGUCCCAUACUCCCUGCGCAUCAUCCUCAUGUGCAGCCUGUCUGCCGCAGGAAUGUUCCUGAUCGCGCUCAGCCCGUCCGUCCUGGCCGGAGGCUCCAUUGGGGUCAAGCUGUUCGGCGUGGCUCUGGCGUCGUUGUCCAGCGGUGCCGGAGAACUGAGCCUGUUGGGCUUGACACAUUACUAUGGCCCGUUGUCGCUGGCCGCCUGGGGAUCGGGAACGGGGGGCGCAGGACUGGUUGGGGCUGGCCUCUAUGUUCUGUUGACGAAUACCCUGGGCUUGAGUGUGAGGAACAGCUUGUUGGCGUGUGCCUUCUUGCCCUUCAUAAUGCCACUGGCAUUCUUCCUCAUCCUCCCCCAAUCGCCUCUCCGUAGGGCCAACUCCAAAGGCUACACGGCAAUUCCGCGAAUCUCCAUCGACGACGAAGACAUCUCAUCCCUCCCCACCUCGUCCGCGGCCGAUGCCCUCCUCUCACCGGGCCCUCCCUCGACCGUCGCAGAAGCCUACACAUCCCACUCACAGCCUUCGUCCCGCCAAUCCUCCCGCUCAUCAUCUCCACCUCCCAGCCACUCGGACUCAAAAUCCUCUUCUCUCUUCAAGCAAAACUUCGCUCGCACGGGCAAGCUCUUCUUCCCCUAUAUGUUGCCCUUGUUGCUGGUCUACAUUGCAGAAUACACUAUCAACCAAGGCGUCUCGCCCACCCUCCUCUUCCCCAAGCAAGAAACGCCUUUCUCAACCUACCGCUCCUUCUACCCGCUCUACGCCUUCCUCUACCAACUCGGCGUCUUCAUAUCACGCUCUUCCACACCAUUCUUCCGCCUCCAUAACCUCUACACGCCCUCUCUCCUGCAAGUUCUCAACUUGGUCCUCCUGCUCUCGCACUCCAUCUACUUCUUCAUACCCUCCGUUUGGUUCAUCUUCCUGAUCAUCUUCUGGGAGGGUCUGCUAGGCGGCGCGGUCUACGUGAACACCUUUGCGGAGAUCAUGGAGAACGUGCCUAGCAAGGAUCGAGAGUUUAGUCUGGGAGCGACGAGCGUGAGUGAUAGCGGGGGGAUAUGCAUUGCCAGUCUCGUCAGCAUGGCGAUCGAGGGCAGGCUUUGCGACGCGAAUAUUGCACGGGGGAGGCCGUGGUGCAGGGACGUGGAUUUGUGA